AAGGGACCAGACGUUAGCGACCAACGCUCCAAAACGGAAGAGUUGAUAUACACCAUUACGUGUUAUUGAACGUCGAAAUAAACCCCAAUUGAAUACGACAGAGCGGAAACAGGAACGGAGGAACUACCUCCCAAACGACAAUGAAGGGUUUAGACUGGACAAUGCAGUCCUGGGUCGUCGUCUGGCUCCUCAUUGCCUAUCCAAUGAGUGGCUUCGGUCAAACCAACGAUGCACACACCUGUACAAAAUCAGUGAAGAAGACAGCAACAAAAGACGAACUUUGCUCCAACUUUUUGGACAUGACACUCAACACAUCUGGUACACAGCAGUAUUCGUACACCCUGAAGCCAGGGACAACACCCGUUGACAUAACCAGACUUAUAACUGAUAAUGACCAGACAGAGAUGUGUACAUAUGAAAGGUCAUACGAAGAAACUAUUACGGGUUGCUGUGACGGUUGGAAAGGGGACAAUUGUGAUGAGCCCAAAUGCGAUCCCAAAUGUUACAAUAACGGUCAAUGUGUUAACCCGUACAUUUGCCAGUGUAAUGCAGACUAUGCCGGUAACCUGUGCGAGGACAACAUAGAAAAUUACGACUACGACCAGGAAAAACAAUACUGCUAUGGAUCCAAUACCUGUCAUGGUUAUAAAGCUGUCGGCUUUGAUCAAGAUCCUGUGACAAAGGAAAAGUGUUGUCAGAGUGGUGGGCAUGGAUGGGGUGCACCCGAUAGACGAUGUGACGACUGUUCAGCCAAUACACAGGACAUUGAGCAGAAACACGACGUUGGGUUCCGCACUUGUUUAAGUUACGGCCGAAACUACUUUAGAACAUUUGACGGCAAACAAUUUACUUUUGGCAGCAACUGUAAACAUGUUCUUGCUAGAGCAACAAACAAAUGGCAUGUGAUUAUGCACCACAUCAACUGUGAAAAAUCUACAACUUGCAAGAAGAAAUUGGUUCUCUCUGAAAACAGCGGCAAUCAGAUUGAAGUAGUAGGCGGUAUUGUCACGGCAAAUGGAGAAAUCAUCCAAAUGCAAGAACAAGUCCCUAGUUUUAGCCCCGGACAAGCCUUCACUGUCCUGAAAAACGGAGACUGGGUUAUGAUAUCGGCAGAGAAGUCAGGACUGAGACUGAAAGUGAAUGCGAAACAUACUGUAUAUGUUACACUUGACAACAGCAAUGCCAAGUUAUCAGGGAAGAUCGAGGGAUUAUGUGGAAAUUCCAAUGCUGAUACUUCAGACGAUUUCGUCACACAGUCGGGCGACAAAACGAUUAACCCUACUUUUUUUGGAAACUCCUGGAUAUAUGAUGACGACAAGUGCCCUCGUUCGGGAUCAGUCCCAAACUAUUGCAAAGACGAUGAGAGUAUAUUACGUGCUACGGAGGCAUGUGGACUAAUGAGAUCGAGUAUAUUUGCUGAUUGUAGAGCAAAAAUGAGCUACUUAUCUUGGUAUCAAAUGUGCAUGAACGAAUACUGUCAAGCCGAUACCGACCAGAAAGAAACACUUCGAUGCGACCAACUGGAAAUGUUCGCUCACGAGUGUUCUCAGCACGGGUCGGUUACACUCUGGAGGAGCCAAACUGUGUGUCCAAAAUCGUGCCCUUCUGGUUUCAUAUAUACCGAAUGUGGUUCGUUCUGUCCGCGCACCUGCAACAACGUAUUCGUUGAAGUUUCCGAUUCAUGUUCGAAGGAGACAACAGAGUGUGUAUCUGGAUGCGAAUGUCCACGUAACAAAGUACUCCAAGAUGGCAAUUGUGUUUCACUCAGCGAAUGUAAAUGUCAAUACAAUCGAAGGACAUACGAACCCAGUGAAACCAUAAAAGUAGACUGCAAUUCCUGCACAUGCAAUCUUGGUAAGUGGACAUGCACGGAACAUGAGUGUUCCCGAAUUGCGAGAAUGAACGGUCUCAAUCACAUAACUACAUUUGAUGGGAAGCACUAUAGCUUAGAGCCAUCCUCGUGUUCCUACGUUUUUAUUGAGCCAAGAAAUUCAAACGGAGAUAGCAGAACCGAUUUAACCGUGAAUGUAAAAUUCGACUCGUGCCCAACUACGAGCACUGUUUACGACCGAAACUGUAUGGCGUCAGUGUCUCUUAAAUACAAAUCGACCAAAGUAAACAUACGAGGGAAGGAAAUAUUUGUAAAUGGUAAAGCUUUAAAUCCAAAACGAGGAUCGGAUAAGUUCGUCUCACCAGACCUGAUCAUCAAACAGGCAACAACGAGCGUUAUUAUGGUCCGGGGAUAUGGAUUCCAACUUUUCUAUGAUGGCCAACAAAACCUGUACGUGCUUCUUGAUCGUGUAUUUAACAACCAGGUACUUGGAUUAUUCGGAAAUUUUGAUGAUACUUCUUCAAAUGAUUUUGAAACAAAAAGUGGAAACAUCGAGCCAAAAAGUCAUGAUUUUGCACAUGAAUACAAAAACUGUUUGGAUCCAUCAAAGGAAUACAACCAUCAAUGUCUAGAUCCAGUAAAGAUAAAAGAAGCAGAAAAUAUGUGCGGGCCACUUCUUAGUCACCCCUUGUUCAGUGAAUGCGUCGAAUAUGUCGGUUUGAAUCUUUUUUACAAAUAUUGUAUGGAGGACUACUGUUCAAGUAAGACCCAGGACUGUAACAACACAGUGUGUGCUAUUACAGCAGCGAUGUCCUUGGCUUGUACACACAUUGGAGACAACAGCGCAGUCGACUGGCUUUCUGAUCCAACAUGGUCUGACAUGUGUGCUGGAUAUGAUGUGUGCCAAGGGGGCAGCGUCUACACCACUUGCGCCAGUAUAUGCCAGGGAUCCUGUCGUGAUGUACAAGUCAAUGAUGUUUCCUGCAAGGAAAUUUGUAUGCCGGGAUGUAAAUGUCCAAGCGAUCAACUUUGGAGUGAUAAGAAUAACAUGUGCGUUGGAAUCGAGGAGUGUGAUUGUUAUGACGAGUAUACGAACUCAUUCAAAGAUGCACAUUCAAUAAAUCCCCAAGGCUGCACAAACUGUACCUGUGAAAAUGCUACUUGGGUGUGUGACAAUCCCGACUGUGUUGUUGGCAUAACCUGUCCUAAAAACCAGAUCUACAGAACAAGCAUCACUGGUUGCGAACCCACUUGUGAAACUUUGGACCGUUACAUAUCGUGUACUAACGAAAUAAGAUAUGAUGGAUGUGCCUGCCCGGAUGAUAUGUACCGAACCCCAAAUGGAACUUGUGUAGUGAAAGGAGAAUGUCCAUGUUCUCGAUUCGGUGAAUACUUUAAUCCAGGUGAUGUCUUCGAGGAAUCCUGCAAGACUUACCGCUGUGUAAACAGGCACUGGGAUGUCAUAGCGAAACAGGACUGCCCAGCUGUGUGUUGGGCAUCAGGAGAUCCCCAUUACAAUACUUUUGACGGCUCCCACUAUCCGUUCCAAGGCGAUUGUGCAUACACAUUGGCUAAAGAGCAAAAUGGCAAAACAUUUGACAUAAGUGCAGAAAAUGUUGAGUGUGGAAGCAGUGGGGUAACCUGUACUAAAUCUGUAAUAGUGACGUUGCAAGGUGGAUUAAAGAUUUCGAUGGUCAGAGGAUCCCGCGUAAAAGUUGGUGAUACAUAUGUAAACGGUAUUCGCCACAAGGUAUCCGGUGUUGAUGUUACAAUAGAGGCUCCCUGGGUCCGUGUAACGAUUAUCAAUGAAGACAUUUCCGUUCUGUGGGACAAUGGCACAAGAGUGUACAUUUUCCUUGGCUCCAAAUGGCGGGGUAAAGUGGAAGGCCUUUGUGGAAAUUAUGAUGGGAUCGAUAAUAAUGACUUUCAAUCUCAGACUGGAAUGAAUGACAAUCAGGACAUCAAUUUAUUCGCUAACUCGUGGAAAAGAAGUACAACCUGUGCAGACGUAACAGGCCACCCAUCAGAAUCCAGCCCUUGUCAGGGUAGCCAGAGUAUUCGUGCUGAUUGGGCCAAAAGAUCUUGCGGAAUAAUUACUGAAGGUGAAAUAUUCGCUAAAUGUCGCCAACAACCUACAAUACAGGCAGAGGAAAUGUAUCAGGAUUGUUUGACUGACGCAUGCAGCUGUGAUAAAGGUGGAGACUGCGAGUGUCUGUGUACAGCGAUCGCCAAUUUCGCGGAAGCGUGUAACGCGAUGGGCGUACAUGUUAAAUGGAGAACACCACACUUCUGUCCUAUCAUGUGUGAAGGAGGUAGGCGUUACACACCUUGUCGUUCUCCAUGUCAACAAACAUGUGCAAACAUUGGUAACGAACCGGAACCGUACUGUAAUGAUACACAAUGUGUAGAAGGAUGCAGCUGCCCAGAUGGUUACGUGGAAGACGACGAUGGCUGUAAACCCGCCGACACAUGUCCGUGUUAUUAUCAGGGUUUGGAAUUCGAAACAGGAUCCGUUAUAACUCACGAUUGUAUGACAUGUACGUGCCUUUCGGGAUCGUUCCAGUGUAGGGGUGCAAGCUGUAAGCCUAACUGCACAGCGGAUGAAUACACCUGUUCUAACGGAAAAUGCAUUUCAAAUAUUUACAAAUGUGACAACAUUCAUGAUUGUGAUGAUGGAUCUGAUGAAAUGAAUUGCACGUGUAGUGUUGGUGAAUUCCGAUGCGGCAGUGGGCAAUGUAUAAAUGCAACUGAGGUAUGUGACAGCAUGACUGACUGUUUGGAUUCAACCGAUGAAUUUAACUGCACAUAUGCCUGUAAAGACAGAGUCAACACCUUUCAGUGUUUGGAUGGAAACUGCCUUCCCAUUACGUUUCGUUGUGAUGAGGCAAAUGACUGUGAUGACGGAUCAGAUGAAGUUAACUGCACAACCUGUGAAUCGCCAAACGAAUUCCAAUGUACAAAAAGUAGGAGUUGCCUUCCGCCGGCUCUGUUGUGCGAUCAUCACGAUGACUGUGGGGACGCUGAGGAUGAAAUUGGAUGCACUACCGGAACGACAAUUUCUACCUCAACUAUUACAACACCAAAAUAUGCGACAACGACAACACAGACGACAACGUCACCUGUCACCUCGACGUCACCUAGCACGACGCCGUCAUAUACCACAACGACAUCAUCUGCCGCGACAUCACGCACCACAACGCCGUUACCUACCACAAUAACGACACUAAGCACGACGCCGUCACCUACCACAACGCCGUCACCUACCACAACACCGUCAUCCAGCACGACGCCGUCUUAUACCACACCGACAUCAUCUACAACGACACCGCACUCCACAUCGCCGUCACCUACCACAACGCCGUCAUCCAGCACGACGCCGUCAUAUACCACACCGACAUCAUCUACCACGACACCGCCCACUACAACGCCGAUACUUACCACAACGACGUCACCUACCACUACGCCGUCAUAUACCACACCUACAUCAUCUACCACGACACCGCCCACCACAACGACGUCACCUACCACAACGUCGUCAUCCAGCACGACGCCGUCAUAUACCGCACCGACAUCAUCUACCACAACGACGUCACCUACCACAACGAGGUCACCUUUCACUACUAGUCCGACGCAUACAGCGACUACGACAGCAAGCACACCAUCAAUUCCAACGGAAGAAUCUACAACGUCAUCAACUACCACGUCGCCGUUACCUACCACAACAUCGCCACCAAUAAGUACAAGUCCGACGCAUACUACGACUACGCCACCAGAAUGUUACGUCAAAACUAUCUCUGUUGAAAAUCCGGAAAUAGUUACCGUGAAAUCUAUCAACGGAAGGAUAGAAGGACUUGACUUUUCUCCAAAUCAGCAGCGUGCAGUAGUUACCUAUGAAAUCACAGCUAGUACAGGCGAGGUUGCAUUUUUGCGAUUCAAGGCCAAUGCUUUGCAAUUGGAAAAUAUGAAGCUCGCUGUAUUUGACGAAAACAACAACAUUCGCUCUCCUCUCUAUGACCAUGAGGUUGACGGACUUCCUGCAGAUAAUGCCACAAUAAAUGAGGAUCUGAAAAAUACAACUGGUGUAAAGUUGAGGGUUACUAUAUAUUCUAAUACUUACAAUACCCCUCAACUAGUAUUCCAGCAAAUCGAAUAUUGUGAAGGAGGACGAGCAACCACGCCAUCGAUGACACCAUCAAUUCCAACAGAAGAAUCAACAACGUCAUCAGCUACCACUACGACGCCACCUACCACAACGACUACAACGACUACAACCACAACACCUAUUCCAACCGCUACAUCAGUUUCAACAUUUACACCCACUUCAACCAUCACACCGACUUCAUCGACAACGCCCACUAAAACCACUACACCAGCUGAAACAACUUCAACAACUUCGCUCUCUACAACCACAACGACUACAACGACUACCACUACCCCGCCAACACGGACUUCAACGACAGCAAGCACACCAUCAAUUCCAACGGAAGAAUCUACAACGUCAUCAACUACCACGUCGCCGUUACCUACCACAACAUCGCCACCAAUAAGUACAAGUCCGACGCAUACUACGACUACGCCACCAGAAUGUUACGUCAAAACUAUCUCUGUUGAAAAUCCGGAAAUAGUUACCGUGAAAACUAUCAACGGAAGCGUAAAAGGACUUGACUUUUCUCCAAAUCAGCAGCGCGCAGUAGUUACCUAUGAAAUCACAGCUAGUACAGGCGAGGUUGCAUUUUUGCGAUUCAAGGCCAAUGCAUUGCAAUUGGAAAAUAUGGAGCUCGCUGUAUUAGACGAAAACAACAACAUUCGCUCUCCUCUCUAUGACCAUCAGGUUGACGGACUUCCUGCAGAUAAUGCCACAAUAAAUGAGGAUCUGAAAAAUACAACUGGUGUAAAGUUGAGGGUUACUAUAUAUUCAAAUACUUACAAUACCCCUCAACUAGUAUUCCAGCAAAUCGAAUAUUGUGAAGGAGGACGAGCAACCACGCCAUCGAUGACACCAUCAAUUCCAACAGAAGAAUCAACAACGUCAUCAGCUACCACUACGACGCCACCUACCACAACGACUACAACGACUACAACCACAACACCUAUUCCAACCGCUACAUCAGUUUCAACAUUUACACCCACUUCAACCAUCACACCGACUUCAUCGACAACGCCCACUAAAACCACUACACCAGCUGAAACAACUUCAACAACUUCGCCCUCUACAACCACAACGACUACAACGACUACCACUACCCCGCCAACACGGACUUCAACGAUAGCAAGCACACCAUCAAUUCCAACGGAAGAAUCUACAACGUCAUCAACUACCACGUCGCCGUUACCUACCACAACAUCGCCACCAAUAAGUACAAGUCCGACGCAUACUACGACUACGCCACCAGAAUGUUACGUCAAAACUAUCUCUGUUGAAAAUCCGGAAAUAGUUACCGUAAAAACUAUCAACGGAAGCGUAAAAGGACUUGACUUUUCUCCAAAUCAGCAGCGCGCAGUAGUUACCUAUGAAAUCACAGCUAGUACAGGCGAGGUUGCAUUUUUGCGAUUCAAGGCCAAUGCAUUGCAAUUGGAAAAUAUGGAGCUCGCUGUUUUAGACGAAAACAACAACAUUCGCUCUCCUCUCUAUGACCAUCAGGUUGACGGACUUCCUGCAGAUAAUGCCACCAUAAAUGAGGAUCUGAAAAAUACAACUGGUGUAAAGUUGAGGGUUACUAUAUAUUCUAAUACUUACAAUACCCCUCAACUAGUAUUCCAGCAAAUCGAAUAUUGUGAAGGAGGACGAGUGACUACUGAAUCCAUUGGAUCAUCCACCGUUCCUGCAACGACUUCAAGCUUGUCUUCGUUACAUACUACAGUGUCUACACCUCCUAGUACAAUAACAACAAAAAUGUCAGGUAAGUUAAUGAUUCGAUUUUUUUUCAGAAGGCGCACAUCAUUAUGACUAUGAAUAUGGUGUUUGGUAAGUGUUAUUUUACCAAUGGUUUUAUUUCUAACAUACGAAUAUAUAUUAAACAAGUUGGCAUGUUGAAAGGACUGAUUUAGCAUUUAAUAUUUGACAAAUAAGAAAUCUCAAAAUGCUAUUUGAAUGCGAGGUUUAUUUCGACCCUUUAUUUGUAUAAAAAAUGCUGUUUAAAGCAUCAUCAUAUGCAAAGAUCGUCCUUUCCAUUUCAUCGUUUAAGUUUUAGUAAUUACUUAUUUUCAGAGUCAACGAUUCGGUUUGUAUAAGAUAAAAGUGUUUUUCUUUCAGUGAUUAUAACACGCAUUGAAUAAACAAACGACAACCUUUGUUUAAGCUCACAUAUCAUGCUGUCACCAUUUAGAAAGUUCAGUGUAACCGACAACCCGGAAAGAAAAGAAGCAAUGACGUGUCGGCGUUGUCAAUGGUAUUAAACAUAAUAAACGGUAGGUUUGAAUCGCUAAUAGUAUUGCAUUUUUUUUCAGCUAAUGUACAUGUUGUUAUGAUAUUGUUUAUCGUCAUUUUGGAAGGGAUUACCGUGACGGUGCAAAGAAAGAACGAUACUUUACAAGACGGUAAGAAAUAUACGAUCAUGUAUUAACAUUUAUUUAUCGUUUUUAAUUCUUUCCCUUUAUUUAGCUUUGUUUGAAAUUCAAUGGUUUUGCUUUUAUCUUGAAGAUAUUUCAAAUAAUAAUUAACUUGCACCACCCCACCAAAAUAAUUUUGUUUCAAAUAAGGAUUGUUAAGAAUUGUGCUUCAUCUGCUUUAUGACCCGAGAAAAAGUGUAAUAUUUUAUGGAAUUGACUUUUUCAUUGCCAAAUCAAAUAAUUUCAUCAUCAUCAUCAUCAUCAUCAUCAUUUAUGUAUUUCUGUUAACAUUGUUAAACGGAAACACAGUCAUUUGCGCCUUUACAAGAAGUCUUCCCGGCAAAUGUGUGGGUUUACAGAGCGGUAAGUAUGACUCCAUAUGCAAUUUCAGUGUUUGUCAUAUUGUUAUCUGGUAUAGCGAUAUCGUUUAAAGACUUUAUAUUUAUAGUGUGAAUUGCAUGUUUGACCAAAAGUAUUACACUCAAAAUAGACUACAAUGACACAUAAUACAAAUUACAGAAACAUUCAUUAUCCACAUCUCUGAAUGAUCAAUAGCAAAACAGAUAUGCAACUCUUAUUAAAAAAAAUCAAAAAAAUCUUAAGCAUUAAUGCAUCUGUGUUCAUAAAUAUAUGAAGAUGCAAUCAUGUAAAUUAACUUUGUAUUUGGUACCUGCAAAGAAGCCCUCUUCGAACGGAGCUGGAUGAAACAAUCUAAAUUAUGGUAAGAUCUUAUACUUUUUCUUGGUAUUUUACAUAGUUUUGAAACUUUUGAGUCUUUAAUAUACGUUCAAGAUACCAGAUAAUAAAUACUCACCUAAAUAUAAACUUGGGCGUGUGUGUUUUAUUUUGAAAUACCAUGUUGCAUAUAAGCAUAUGACUGUAUAAGCAUGUUGUUUCAAUAUAAAGCCGGUCGAGGAAGGCACUUGGAAUGAUUUUGUUUUUCAAAAUGUGAUAUGGAAUACGUUCCAUCAUAUGGUAAUGAUAUUAACAUUAACUUUAGAUAUACAAAAAAAAAUAUCGUCUCUACAUUCCAUCAACGAAAAUAAGAUCAACAGGGUCACCUGGUGAGCGUAAGAAAACAUACAGUCAUAAACAAAUUGUGCGAAUUGUAGAAGUACAAAGAUAAAAUCAUAAACUUUGUAUUUAUCUGUCUGUUGUGGGUUUUACGUCCUCGCAAAACCAAUGUUCAUAGCUGUUGUUAUUAAUACAGGAAUUAAAUGUAACCCCAGUAGAGGCUACAGACAGGAUCUGCGAUACUCACCGCACGCAGUUAACACACCUCGCUAAGGAUAUAUAAGGUUUAUUCUUUAACGUUCCUACAUAAGUGAUUUAACAAAAUAACGGGUUUCCCGUAAUGAUUGUGUGAAAUGGGCCGGGGAAGGAUAUUGAGAUGUUCAAAUCGGUAUAUACUAAAGUAUUUAAUGCUAAAAACACAAUAAUAUAAUCUAUGCAAAAAGUCAAUGAUACUUAAUUUUUUUCUUUCAGUUCUACCAAAUCAAAAUGUCAAUACGGUUUAGCUGUCAGCAAGUGUGAAAUCUGAUCUUCAUCAUAGCACACAUAAAGGCCGACACGAAAUCUAUAUAGACACACACGAAAGUGUUUCGGUUACUCGGCUGGAAGUAUCUUCGUGGGUUCAAAAUCACAUGAGCUUGAUCAUUUUCAUGCCAGAAUGUUUGAGAAUUAUUAUAAAGGUUGGAGGUGAUACAGCACUGCCUUAUACGUGGACUACUUUAUAAUUGGACAAUGUAUGGAAGUUGUGCUAGUGAAGACACCAUGUGACCUGUGUUAGUGACACUACUUCCAACUGUUUCUUAUGGGUGGUCGGUUGGUGCAGUGAAUUGCACACUCGUCUUUUACCAAGACGACCGGGGUUGGAUUCCCUGAUCGGCCGUGAAAAGGUAUUGGGUCACCUGCCCGACCACGUGGGUUUUCUCCGGGUACUCCGGUUUCCUCCCACAUUAGGAACCGUGCACUUUUCCGUUCGAACCAACGAGAGUGAUUUAAAUAAGUUUGAAUGGCUUAUUUCAUGAUUGUCGCAAAUUAAAUAUAUUUAAAGUUAA